UUCUUCGUAGUGAUCCUAAACCCACUGGAGAAAAUUUAAUCGGAAAAGCUGCCUUAAGAUUGUUUUUUAAGCAAUGGAAACCGAUGAACCGCCACGCGUGCUUCCCUUUCAACUUCAAUUCGACAAACCAGUUGCCUCUCAGAUUAAAUUUGCGGAAUGGAAUCCGGAGAAAGAUUUGCUGGCUAUGGUUACUGAGGACUCCAAGAUUUUGCUGCAUCGCUUCAACUGGCAAAGACUCUGGACAAUUUUUCCUGGAAGGUGCAUUACAUCCUUAUGUUGGUGUCCGGAUGGUAAAGCAAUAGCAGUCGGGCUCGAGGAUGGCACAAUUUCAUUGCAUGAUGUUGAAAAUGGAAAGCUGUUGAGAAGCUUAAAGUCUCAUAUUGUUGCUGUCGUGUCCCUUAACUGGGAGGAGGAUGGACAAGUGAUUAAAGAUGAUUCUGUUAACAAUUCAACAUAUGAGGACCGAACUUCUCGUUUCUUCCCUCCUGCUCCAAGAGUUCCUCGGAUGCCUGGAUUGGUACCCGGGGAUACCGGCUUCAUGGAUGAUAGUGAAGAUUCAUUCCGUGAGCUUUCAAAUUCCUCAUACCAACGGUUUAACAUUUUAUGUAGCGGUGACAAAGAUGGAAGCAUAUGCUUUAGUAUAUUUGGAAUAUUUCCGAUAGGGAAAAUAAACAUACACAAUUUGUCUAUUCCUAUUCCCUUUGCAACUGAGCCAACUACAUACAGACUUUCAAAUGCUUCAAUUUCCAAGGUUGCAUUGUCAAAAGACCUUUGUCAUCUGAUAGUAAUGUGUUCUGGAGAACUUAAUCAUGAUGAGGUUGAAUCAGCUGAGAGACAGCUGGAUAUGCAUGGUUUUCAUUGCUUACUGCUUGAUACUUCUAUCUUUUGGAAGAGGAAAAAUGAACUCCAUCAAGUUGCCCAACAAGCUUCUAACAUUGAGGAUUUAAUUGAAGUUAUUCGCACAUCAUUAUCAGUAAUGUCUAAGCAGUGGAAAGAUGCCAUGCACACUUUUCAUGAGAAGUUUGAUUCUCUGUCUAGGUUAAUAAUUGACCAUGGGCUGGACUCAUCACCCCAAGAGGAGUUUCUGAGCCUCCUAGGUGGUGCCCGGACUAGUCCGCCAGUUCAUCAGUUUCUAGUUAACUCUCUGGGUGAAUUGGGAGUUAAGCGUGUGUCAAAGGUCGUUUGUGGUGCUGGAAAAGAGCUACAGCAUGUUGUCCUUGAUCAUCUUCAGCCUGCUGCAGAAAUUAUUUGUUUCAGGAUGGGAGAACUUAGAGGUCUUUCUAGAUGGCGCACUCGUUUUCAGGGUAUUGGCCUCGACGAGACUCUUAUCAAUAAUGCAACAGAAAAAUCUGGAAUAUUACUAGCACAAGUUGAGAGAUUUAUGAGGGUGCUUUCCUCUGUGGUACAGCAGUUUUCAAACUUCUUUAAUUGGUUGCUAAAGUGCAUAAAGCUACUUAUGCAAGAGCCAAGUGAUCAGCUUCUACCCUAUAACAGCGAACUUCUUGUUAUAUUCUUGAAGUUCUUAUAUGAUCAAGAUCCUGUCAAGCCCUUUCUGGAGCUGUCUGAAGUUGAUAUCGAAACUGAAAUGGAAGCAGUGCAAAGAGUUAGAGAAUUGGUUCAUUUUGGAGGAUUUUCUGAUUGUGAAUAUCUAAGGAGGACAUUAGCUGAAGAAUUUAAACAGAUGGAGUCUAGUUUCAAGGAGGCUUUCCUGAUGCCUUUUACUACAAUUUCAAGGAAGAUGGUUUGUAAGGAUGUGCUACCACUGUUUGCUCUACCAUCUUCACCUGCAUCUGUAUCUUUCAUGAUCCCCAUGUCUGUAACGUACUACAAGGGUGCCUCCACUGCUAUCUCAUCUUAUCAGACUCCUGAACACGGGUUUAUCGAUUAUAUUUCUUUCCAAAUCCAUGGUGACUCUUCCUCAAAUAUCAUUAAUUGUAUAGGUAUAUCAAGAGGAUUCAUGCAUAGUUUGAGCAAUCGUAUUGAGGAAUCUGCGUCUUUGGAAGCUAUUUUGUUGUCGGUUCCUGAUGGUUAUCACUGUGUGGAUCUAGCGUUAUAUAAGGAUGGUCAAAUCGUUUUGCUAUUGAAUGAAACUGCUGAUGCUUCCGAAAGCUCUGGAGAAUCUUGUAUGAUGAUCGUCCAAGCUAAUGAACUCCCAUUUGUGUCCAUUCCAAGAUCCAGUUGUGUAAACACCUGGAACCUAGAUCAGCUAAAGGACUCGAUUAUGCACCUACAACUGGAGAAUGAAAAGGUUCGAAAUAUCUCACACUCCGUAGUUGCUCCUCUGGCAGUUAGUGCAUCGAGAGGUGUAGCUUGUGUUUUUGCUGCAAGGAAGCGUGCCUUGGUCUACAUACUGGAUGAAGAUGAAGAUGAUGUUUCAGAUACUGAAUGACCGGUCCCUCUCUAACUGUUGUAUUGUUUGUUAAACUAUAU